AUGCGACGAAGUGCGCGGUUGGCCAAGGUGGCGGAGGACGAGCCGUCUUUGACGCCAUCUCCACCGCCAAAACGCACUAAAAAAGUUCCUUAUAAAGAGAGGCCACGACCAGAGGUAGGCUAUGAGCUAGUGAAUGAUGUCCCGGUCUCUAUAGAAGAGCCCAACAUCGAUCUUUUAAAAAAUCCUCUAAGCUUCAAAGCCUCCAAAUCCUUUGCAUACGCUCUUUAUGUAUCAAGAAACAACUGGCUUUCUGGAACGAUGUUUAAAACUAUCUGGCAAAGAAAACCGCGAGGCAAGAGGCUCGAGGCUGGUGAAAUCAACGCUAGAGAGAGAAUGUCUCGCUUGUGUGAGUGCACUAUGGUUAUGGGGCCCCAUAUUUUCCCCGCCAAACUAUUUAUUUAUAAAGAUGAUGAGGACGAUGAGAAAAAAACAGAAGACAAAAAGACCCAGGAGGGCAAAGAGAGCAACAAGGAGAAUACCAAAGAGGAUCCCAAAGAGGACGUUAAGGAAACAGAAGAGAAACCCGCUCCCAAGCCGAAUCCAAACCAAGACCUCGUCAAAAGACUUCAAGAGAUGGCCAAGGAAGACAAGGAAUUGGACGAACUCAUGAAGAUAGUAGCUACCGGCAAGGCGACGCCGGAAAACAUGACCAAGUUUCAGCAAUUCCUGGCCAAGGCGCGAGCCGAAACGUCGAGAAAACAAGAGACAAUUUACACGCCUCGACGAUUGAAUCGGAGUACGUCUUUAGCGUUCGAGUUGUUCGAAAACCCCCAAGAACGGUAUUUACUACCCAAAAAGGCGGUGGUAGAGGUCUUAUCGAAUGGCGACAUUUUAUGGUCUUUUCUACAUAUCCAUGAAUCUAAAGGUACAGAAAUUUGGACACCAACUACGAUUGUUCUCCAGGAUGUUCCUGAUCGGAUGGUAAGUUCACUUGAUGGUUGUAUUGACAAGUACGACGAGGUGGUCAAGUACAUGAAGGAGGCAAUGGAGAAGGGGGAAAGAGCGGAAGACCAGUACGUGUGGUACCAAAUCGACAAAAGCGACCUUGCUCUCAUUGACGAGAUUAAGAAAACCAGCCCGCCUCUACAGCACGUACUACCGUCUAAACGGCAGCCCAAAGCUCGGCCAGCCACAGCGAGUGUCAAGGAUGAAGAAGGUUCUUCAACGCCUCGCGAGAAAGCCCCAAGACAGCCGCGUAUACGGCAUACAACGUAUCCAGCACUUCCUCAAGGGCAUAUUACACCGCAACCGUCAACCAUCGCCCCGCUACCGCCCAAGCUCAAGUUGCCCGAUAUCGAUAGCUUCUUCAUCCCGCCUGGAGGCUUGCCGCCUCUUCCGCCCAGUUUGGCGAACAGUUUUUCGUUCCCGCCUAUUCCUGGAGGCCCUACUGCGGCCCGAUCGGAGAAACCUGCCGAAGAGAAAGAAGACAAGAAAUCAUGA